AGUUCUGCUCCCACCCUUCCAGUCUUUUCAGCCAACUGCCUUCAGCCCCUGGCCCAAUGCGCCCACUUCUGUCUCUCCUAUUGGGCCCUCACUGCUUCCGGUUUCCACUUCUCCCAAUGGUAAUCAGCCAGCAACCACCGGCUCAGCCAAUGGGAGAGGGGCAGGGAGUAUAAACGGUCCCGGCCGCAACGUCCAGCAUUACCCAACCUUGAGGUUUGUAGGUCACGUGAGCUGCAGAAGACUCUUGGGCUUUUGGGGUUCGAGCUCCUGAGCAGGCAUCCUAUCUCCCCUCCGUUCAGAAUUCCGUGGAGCUGAACACCCAGCUCCAAAGGGCUCAGGAAGGCAUUGGGUCGCCAUCAAAUCUUCCCUCAUGAGUUGCCGGAAAGCUGAGAUGAAGUCGGGCCAUGCUCAGGCCACAGGUGAAGGGAAUAAGAACCAGGUUCCGAGAAUGAGUGCUGACAGGAAGGGACUAGAGUAUUUGUGUGUGUGUGCACAGAAUAAAUGUUAACAUCUCUUUUUUUUUCUUUUUCCCAGUAGCUACAGAGAGCCAGGAGCAGCCCAGGAUAGCGAACUUGUGAGAGUCUUUGGAUUUGAACCUGGAGGAGGAUGGGAUGAAGGAAGAGAGAGAGGGAGCAGAGUGUAGACUGACUGGACUGAGAGCUGUUAUGCCAACUGAAUGCCAUGCCAGACCCUUGGAAAGGGAAAGGCGCAGAGGGAGGGUCAAGCGCAGAGGGAGGGUCAAGCGCAGAGGGAGGGUCAAGCGCAGAGGGAGGGUCAAGCGCAGAGGGAGGGUCAAGCGCAGAGGGAGGUAAACCCUCGCUAUUUUAUCCCUGCCGGUCUCUCCACCUCCCUCCAGAAGUGGCGCUGUUUUCUUCCUUUCCCAUCAGGCGGCGCUUAAGGAUUGAUGACUUUGAAAUCGGGCGUCCGCUGGGCAAGGGGAAAUUUGGCAAUGUGUACCUGGCUCGACUCCAGGAGAACCACUUCCUUGUGGCCCUGAAGGUCCUCUUCAAGUCGCAGAUAGAGAAGGAAGGGCUGGAGCAUCAGCUGCGCAGGGAAAUUGAAAUCCAAGCCCACCUACAACACCCCAACAUCCUGCGCCUCUACAACUACUUCCAUGACUCGCGGCGGGUGUACCUGAUUCUGGAAUAUGCUCCAAGGGGCGAGCUCUACAAGGAGCUGCAAAAGAGCCACAGAUUAGAUGAGCAGCGUACAGCUACGAUAAUGGAGGAGCUGGCAGAUGCCCUGAUUUACUGCCAUGAGAAGAAGGUGAUUCACAGGGAUAUUAAGCCAGAGAACCUACUACUGGGGCUCAGGGGUGAGGUGAAGAUUGCAGACUUUGGCUGGUCUGUGCACACCCUCUCUCUACGGAGAAAGACAAUGUGUGGGACCCUGGACUACUUGCCCCCAGAAAUGAUUGAAGGGAGAACAUACGACGAGAGGGUGGAUUUGUGGUGCAUCGGGGUGCUCUGUUAUGAGCUGCUGGUGGGCAAUCCACCCUUCGAGAGCCCCUCACACACCGAGACCUACAGACGCAUCCUCAAGGUAGACGUGAGGUUUCCCUCCUCAAUGCCUUCUGGCGCCCAGGACCUUAUCUCCAAGCUGCUCAGAUACCAGCCCUUCGAGCGUCUGGCCCUGGCCCAGGUCCUGGAGCACCCCUGGGUCCAGGCCCACUCCCAGAGGGUGCUGCCUCCCUCUGCUCAGAUGGCUUCCUGAACCCUGCCUGCCCUGUUCCUUUGUGUUUGUUUGAAGAGCUUGCCUGGCUCUGCUACCUCAUCUGUCUUUUUCUUUCUUAUUUUUAUGGUGCAAGAUACUAAUUAAUAAAAGUUGAGUCAUUUUGUACCAGGUUUUUAUAGUUGUGUGUCUUUAGGUAGGUUCUUUCCUUUUUUUCUUUUUAAUAGUAUCUUAUUAUAUCUUAGGUGGAAGUGUACACAGCAAAACAGGUUCUGAUUCAACAAUUCCUACACAUUGUUCAGUGAUAUUGGUCACAGUCCUCACAUUGUAUCAGCAUUCUCUUCUAGUUGUUCCAUUCCCGUUAACUUAGUUUCAUACCCUUCCACCCCCCCCCCCGCCCCCAUCUAUGCUUUACAGUAUUU